AUGUCGGGCGAGCUUGACGGGAAGGGCGUGCAGAAGGGUGCCACGGAGAAGGGCAAGAAAGGCAUGCUGACGGGCGCGAAGGGCGGUGAGAAGGGCAAGAAGGGCUCCGAGAAGGGCGAAGAGAAAGGCGUGCUGGGCGUGCCCGUGGGUGAUGCGAAGGGCGACAAGGGCAAGAAGGGCUUCGAGAAGGGCGCACAGGCCGUGGUUGUUGUGGAGGACAGCAAGGGCGGCGGGAAGGGCAAGAAGGGCUUUGAGAAGGGGAAGGCCGCGGACGUGGUCAUGGAUGAUGCGAAGGGCGGCGAGAAGGGCAAGAAGGGCUUCGGGAAGGGUGGUGAGAAGGGCGUGGUUGCGAAGGGCGGCGAGAAGGGCAAGAAGGGCUUCGAGAAGGGUGCGCUGGACGCGGUCAUGAACGAUGCGAAGGGCGAUGAGAAGGGCAAGAAGGGCUUCGAGAAGGGUGCGCUGGACGCGGUCAUGAACGAUGCGAAGGGCGAUGAGAAGGGCAAGAAGGGCUUCGAGAAGGGUGCGCUGGACGCGGUCAUGAACGAUGCGAAGGGCGAUGAGAAGGGCAAGAAGGGCUUCGAGAAGGGUGUUCUUGUGAAGGCUAUGCCUCUCAGGCCGAAGGGUGCGGAGAAGGGCGCGCCGAAGGGCAAGAUCGAGAAGAAGGCCAUGCCGUUGGGCGCAAGUCCGAUGCUUGCGGAGAAGGGCGCGAGCAAGGGCUUCGACGCGGCCAAGGGUGCGCAGAAGGGCGCGGAGCAGGACAGCACGAAGAGGGGCGUGAAGAAGGAGAUGCUUGAGCGCGACAGCGCGAAGGGCGUGCAGAAGGGCGUCGAGACGGGCAUGAAGGGUGCGCAGGGCAGCGCGCCGAAGUUCGCUGAGACCACACACGCGCCGAAGGGCGGCAAGGACGAUGUGAAGAUCGCAGUGUCUCGAGGCAAGGGCUACGCGCAUGCGGUGGCCAUGGACGACAGCGACACGAAGGAGGUCACGCAGUGGUGGACGCCAGGCGAGAAGCAGCAGGAGGCGGAGAGCGGGUGGUGGAACAGUGGCUGGUCCUCGUCAGAAACGCCGUGGAGCACUCGUGAGUGGCAACAGCCGGAUGAGGGCGGCCGCGCCAUCAAGAUUGGCAAGGGCAAGCCUACGAAGCGCAAGUUGGACUUUGACCCCGACGAGGACACGCAAACAUCGGCUCCCUCGCAAAGAUCUUAG